GGGCAGCAGGUGUUAGAUUAUGAAAACAAAGCUACGUUUCGAAGAAAUGGUCUUUACACUUUAAUAUGUCAGACGGAGUAAUGUAGCGCUGACAUAGAUAGUACUUCAACAGCUUUUCUUCUAGCAAAAACCGGCCAAUAAGUUCUGCCAAAUGGCCUCUGGCAAAGCGAAAAGCGUAGAUGAAAUGACUCUCAUGCAACUGUUUGAAAUGAUGAAGAUUCUUGAUGUAUCGGACGACGGAUUGGUGUCGGUGAGCCAGAUGAGGUCUCGAUUAAGAGAUGCGUUAAACCAGGCAGAAAAGACGACCAAGGCAACUGGUCAGUAGGAAAGGUACGGUAUUAGAGAACAAUCGAGUUUUGACCGGUAUUCAGUAGCUUACACAGGAGGGAGGAGGCGUCUCUAUUGUUUUCGGGUAUUUGUCUGUGACCGAGUCAUCAUGACAGUGUGACGUCACAUAGCAACGACUCAGAGCUUCGGGUCGCUUGAUCAGUUUAGCGUGGAGAAGCCAUCGAAGUUAAAAAAAGAAAGGGCUAAUACAGGCUUUUGUUCAGCGUUGGUAAAACAAUUUGUCGUAAGUGUGCAAGCUUUGUUGCUUAUAUUGUUUGUGUGUAAAAGCUGUGUUUGUUUUGUCCGCACGUUUGUGUUAAAUACUACUCCAAUGCACUUCGGGUCAGUGACGUGGGCGCCAUUUUGAACUCGGAACUAGAUAAAUCCACCCUAAACGUCAGCCGUUUUCUCUUUAAAUUGCCAACCAAAUCUCCUGAGAAGAGGAGGUUUAAUUCAUUAAUAACAGAAGUUUGAUACGAUAGUUGAUUUGUGUUGAUGUAACGGGCCAUUUUGCUCAUCAAUCCUUUUGAAUGUGAAGAUACUGUGUUGAAUCGCGUGUGGUUUCUUGGCUUCUUGACUGUCUGGGGUAAAUUUUGCAGACUUUAACGCUGUCAUUGUGUGUUAAGUUUGCUUGUUUGUUUACUGCUUGUGUCUAAGGUUUGCUGGUUAAUCUGGUGCCCCUCUGUUUUGAUCAAAGUAAUUGCUGGCCUUUACUGCUUUGAAAAUUAACUGCUGUUGGUUGUUUUAUUCUGUUUUGUUAUUGUUGGUAAAAUUUGCUAUUUGCAUUUGUCUGCAGUUUUUUGUUGGCUUUUUCCCCGUAUUUUACUUGCCUGUGUCAUUGUUGUUGUUGCUUGUUAGCAGUGUUGUUGGCUUCUGUAUUUGCCUUUUAAAAAGAUUAUUCUUUUACUUAAUUUAGUGUGACUAUUGCUUGAGAAAAAAACAAUAAUAAUAAUAUUAAAGACAUAUUAUAAAAGAGACAGAAAAAAAUAUUUUAAAUAAAAAGUACAUAGCUUAAUUUAAGAAGUUAUAUUAUUUUAAAAAGGAAAAAUUACUUAGGGAGAAAAUUAAUAAAGUAAGAUCAUAUUUAUAUAAUAUAUAUCUAUAAUUAUUUACUUUAGAAGAAGAAAACAUCAUGAUGAAUAAAAAUAUUUCAUUAUGUAUAUAUUUGACAAUGGGCCUCUUGUUGUAUGAUUUAUAUUUUGACAUUGCUUGGCUUUUUAGUCCUCACAAUCAUAAGAUUGUGUAUCUUGUGAUGGCUGUUGUGCAUGUCCAUAUUGUUUUUGCAGUCCAGUUGCAAUAUCUUUCCCAGGCCUUUCAAACCUUCCAUGUGCCCUCUGCAUCCCUUCAAAGCCCCCAUCUUUUUUGGAGACACAAAUCCCUCACUCCUUUGAGUUACAAAGUAAAUCUUUUCAUGUAGUAAAAAUGUUGGUCUCCUCUGUUUUGUCCUUUUUUAUUAUCCACUUCAAAGUGAAGGUAAUUCAAAACUUCAACCUCUCAAACUUCCUUGUUUCCCUUUUAGCCUUAACCACCAUUCUUUUUACACUGACGUUUUUGUUUUACAGGAAAGUAUUGUGCAUGGUUUCUUUAAGGCAAAUGAUUAAGCAUAGAUCAACUUUAAAUUGUUUGUUAGAAAUGCUUCUAUUCCCUGCUGUUAUUACCUUGAAAUUAUUUCCAUCUUUGCUUGAUCCAGUUUACAAAAUUUUGUUACAUGUAAAGCCCCAAUUCAACGUUUCACUGGUACAAUAUUUUUGGAGAUUAAAAUCACAGCUUUUUUUCUCCUGUCUAAUGACCGUGUGCCUUUUUGUUUCUCAUGGCUUUUUACUGAACCUUGGUAUUACAAAAAAUUGUUCUUUAAACUGUGAACUUCAAUAUCCUGUUUACUUGGCAACUGCUGCUUUUUUGCUGAUAAUUUCUGCACUCCCAUUUUCAUUCUUUGUGGGCUUAUAUGUUGUGACUAUUAUUAUAUUUGGGGAGACCUUUGAUGUCAGUUCCAGAUCCUGUACAGAAAUGCCACUCCUUUUUCCAAUUUUAUAUCUCUCAUUUGGUGUACUUUUAAGUUAUCCCUGUCCCAGACUGCUUAAAUUACACCACCCUGGUUUCCUUUUUAGCAUGUUGAUAAGAUCUAAAAGGUUGAUGACAACAAUUCAAAUUGUUGAUAUAACAGGCAAGCCACACACCCCCCCUUUUGCACCAUAUGCCACAAUAAAAGAUCUAAGAUCUCAAAUAAAUACUAAAUUCAGAAUAACGAGUGAUUUGUACUGGUUGUCAAGCUGUGGAAAGCCUUUAUUUGAUUUUUUACUUUUGGAAGAAAUAAGAGGAACAGUUUUUAUGCAUGGGCGAUUGAUGGGAGGUGUACAAUGCUGUCUGAAGGGAUGUGAGAAUGAGGCAGGAUCAAGAAAAUUUGAUAGUAUGGUUGGGCGGUAUGAACUGAAAUGUGCCCCUGAUGAUGUUACACCUGAAAAUCUCAAAGAUCUUAGGGUAUGUGAUAAACAUUACGGCAGUUUAUCAGCAAGAGGGCAUAAGCCUCCUAAGGGGAAAAGCUCCACUAGAUCACGCAGCGAUGCCCAGCUGGGCAUCCUGAAAGUUACACCAUGUAUAGUGCCUUGUUCACAAUGUGGCAACAAGGUUUGCCUGAGUAGUGAUGUUCCCUGCAAGAAACACCACAUAAAUAGUUUUAAAAAUAUGUUUUCAGUGGGAUGCAAUUUUUGGAUGAAAGAACUGGCAAUAAGACUGAUUUACAUAAUGACUUGUAUAGUGUAGAUCCUUGUGAUGGAACUUUUCCAGACUACAUAUGCAUGUCAUGUCAGCCUUUCUAUUUAAAAUCCAUUAAAAUAGAGCAUGAGUACAAAGAAGCUCAAAACAUGUUCUACCAAAAACAAGGUUGUUCAAUUUCCACAAUAAUGACAGAUAAUGACAGCAACAAGCAUGAGUUUUUUGAAGAAACAACUAUUAAUCCAACUAAAGGACAAGCCACUGUGCUAUCAGAAAAAAUGGUCUUGGAUAGAGAAUUUGCUGUGUCUGAUGCUUUAAACUGUAAAGCAGGUAUUUUUACAGAUGUGUUGAAUGAAAUAAUGACACAAACUGCUCCAAAAGAACCAGUAGAUGCAGGAAAUGACAGUGAAGUACAGUCAUCACCUCUGCCAGUUUAUACAGUUUUUCAAACAAUUCUUUCAUGUAUUUUUCCAUGGACAGUGUCAUUUACUCAGCACACUACAGAUAAUACCGUGAAGGUUACUUUUUCUCUUCCAAAUAUUGGAAAAGGUGGUGUAAUAACCAAGUGGAAGGAGUUAACCCUUUUUCUUCCCUCUGAAAUAAAAACAUUUCCUUCAAAGGAUUUUAGUCCAUUUACAGUAGAAUUCUUGGGUAACAAAAUUGACCAUGGGGAACUCCCACACAAUAUUUUUCAAGAAAACAUAUUAAACUCUGCUUUGGGUGUCAUGCUUAAAACUAUUGAAAACUUACCGGUUUGUCCAGGUAUAUAUGAUCCAGCCCUUGUUGAUAUGGCUGAAAGAAAAAGGGAAACAAAUUUAUACUUUGUGGAUGAAAAAGGAGCAAAUGUAGAUGGAGAGAUUGUCAAGUGCGUUAGGAGCUUAAAUUGCACCUACAAACUACCUGUCCAUUCAAAAACCAGAUGCCACAAAUGUCAAGAUAUUUUACGAUCUUGCUUUCGUUGGAAAACAAAUCCUUCAUCUGAAUCAUUUGAGUCUAAAACAGCCUAUGAUUCAAACACUAAACUCAGUACUCUUUCACGUGCUGAACUCAUAGCCAGAGCAAAAAAUCUACACAAAGUGGUUGCUCAAAGCCAAAAAAAAGCAAAACGAUAUUACAGUUUGUACCUAAAAGAGAAACAAAAAAAUGUGAAAGCACCAAAAAAUUUUCAACCCAAAUCAUCUGACCUUGCUAAGCUAAUGGAUAUUGCCAUUGAAAAUCAUUGGCUUGUUGAAAAUUCUGUUCUCUAUGCUCUACUUACUGACACUUUAACCUCACUGAAGAAACAGGAGGAGGAAUUUGCAAAGCAAGGAAAACUUACCAAAAAUAAGCAAAAGCCCCACCCUAAAGGUAUGAGAUAUAACCCUCUUGUGAUAAAGUGGAGCUGCAUGAUAGCAAGCAAAUGUCACAAAAAAGGUUGAGGUAGUCCGAAGCAUUCUUCCACACCUGAGAGGCGCCCACCAAAAAAACAAAAAGUCGGAAGAACAGAAACAACUUCACACAUUAAAGGUGGCAAAAAAGAGUCAAAGUGUAAAUCAUUUAAAGAGUUGAUUAAAAGCAUGACUACAGAAAUUGACAGUGACAGUAGUGACGAUGAUUUUAAAAAAGCAUUUCAACCAUUAAUUGAUACAGAUAUGUCCUUUGUGACACUUGAUGAACCCACAGAAAGUGAAAAACAUGCAAUGCAGACCAAAUCUUACAUUUCUGAUGCAUUUGAUUAUUCGCAUGAAUUUCAAAUGGUCAAAACACAAGAUCUUUGGGAAUAUAGGGAAUUUGACAGAUCUCUCAUGCCAAAAGCUGGCAAUAAUCACAAUCAUCUUGAACAAGUAAGACGUUUCAUUUUGAAAAAUGGUUUUCAAUAUCAUGUGAUCUUACAACUGGAAGAGCCUAUAUCACUGAAGGAAACCAUCGUCUUUGGGUGGCCAUUCAGGAAGGUAUACCAUUCAUACCACGUCGUGUUAUUCCUCACUGGCUGCCCCCGAAUUGGCUCUUACAAAAAGCUUGAAAUUGAUUUUUCCACUUUAAAAUUUGGGGAAACAGUACUUCCUGAACAAUUGGGAUUGACGGUUGCACAGAUUAGUUUCAAUAAGUGCAUAAAACAAUAACCCUCACAAAAGAUGUAUCAAAUCUAUUUCUGUUUGUAUAUAUAAACUUCAACACUAUCAUAAUUAUAGUGUUCUUAAAUUAAAAAUAAUUAGUAUUGAUUUGUUGAUUUUAAUAUUUUGUACUUUGACAACAGAGAUUCCUUGCACCCCUGAUCAAAAAUUAUUUAAUGGAAUGUUGCAGUUAAUAUUGUACAAUGCAAUUGCACAUAGAUUCUAGCCUAGCAGUGUUAUCCCUCUAGCAUUAAUAUAUGGAGAGCCGUUUGUAGAGCCUGAACAUUAAUUUUAUAACCUGCAUGUAUUUCAGGACCGCUAUCUAUUUGCCAUUCAAAAAUUACGUUUUCCUGAUGUUGAUCCAUGCACAAAACAUACAUAUAAGUCUCCUGUUGUUAGAAGUAAACGAGUAAAUUUCAAAACUUACCACUGAUCUCUACUGCCAACCUGUUGCAGCAGGUAGUGACUUGAUGUAAGCAGAUUACAUUUAUGUCGUCUCCACAUUUUUUCAUUCCAUCGACUUUAAAGGGAUUGAUGAGAAGAACUACGCACUUUGGCUCGCUGAAACUCGGCGUACAUUAAGCUCAAUGUAUCAUAAACCAAUCCUCCUAUUCUGAGAUCAAGAUAUUUCCACACCACCUCGCACGUUGCCCGAAAGCGAUAAACGAUCAUACAAACUGUGCCAAUUUAUAGACACUUCGCGGUACCUUUCUUUGCCUCAUGUGAUGCUUUUGAAACUUUUUCCGACUGAACCUUCUGGCGAAUAUUUCCAUGUUAUUUUUCAAAAGCUCUGCCUUAUUGAAGAAGGCAAAAGAUGAAUUCAAACAUUCAGAAAAUUGACAUCCUUUGCAACGUAACGAAAAAGAAAUUUGCCCGCCAUUUUGAAAAUCACCGAUGUAUGACGUGACGUCACACUGGCAGUGAUCAGUGAACCAAUGUUUACCCUAGAGACAGCCCCUCCCUCCUGAGCUUACAUUAUGUCACUUCGCGUGUGAGUUGUGGGGUCAUCAUGCGAGUCGCAAGGCGUUUAGUUUAUGCUAGGCCUUAUGAAGUUAAAUUUAUGAACAGUUUUUAUUUCAUUCCAUUUGUUUAUUUUUUAGUGGAAAAGAAUGCUAUUUUUCUUACAAGAACUGGUCUCCCACCGGAAGCUUAUUCACAUUAUAUUAUCCACUGUGAAACCGAAAGUCUUCCGCUUUUAUCUCACCUAGCACGUGACAAUUAAACGUUAAUGGGAAGGAAUAAUAUCACCAACAUAGUGGAUUCCUUGAGUUAAUGUGCACUUCUUUGUCCCAUUUUUCCAAUAUAAAAGAAUUUUUCAAAUGAAAAAUAAAGGAGAAGAAGGCUUUAAUAUACAACACCCAGGCAUUUUUUCUAAUAACCGAACAGUUUCCUUAUAAUGAAAGCGAGCAGAGCGAGGUGAAUUCGGCUAUCUUAUGCGCGUCCACUCAGUGUGAUCAUAUUGAUCAUAUUGAGAUACAUCGUUGUAUACAAUACUGUCGAAAUUGAAGUGAUUCGGCUAUUCCGAAUGAACCGGCAUAACCCCAUAUUCAAUUCCAGUGAAGUUGUCUAACCUGAAAUUUUCCCGGUACUUUGAAACAGUUUUCUCGGAAAAGAUCACCCAAUUCUGGCACCAGUCUGGUGCCAACUUUCCUUUUGAAAAUUUUAAUGUACUUUUAUGGCUCUAGUAAUGCUCUGAUAAUGCCGGAAAAUACUUUCUUGACUCUUUUCAGGCUUUUUCCAUUUUGUCGAAGGCCAAAGAAGAAGAUGACAUUAAAAGACAGGCCUUGCUUAGCUUUUACGCCAAAGCCCAAGACCUUCUGAGUAAAAUGGACGAGCCGAUGUUAACUUUACUUCAGAGGCACACAAAAAAUGUGAAAGAAAUUUUGGAGUGGCACGAAAAGCAGCUGAAGCAGACGCAGUACUUUCUUCUUGUGUCUGGUAAAUGAUUCAUCCUCCGAAAACAGUGUUCUGUUUAUUAGCUAUAAGUUUCGUAUCUGAUGACGAUUUUUCCUGAGUUGCACUCAGCCAAAAGCUAAAUAUAGAUCACAAAUAAUAUGUAAAUUAAGCCAAGCCACUAAAAGUAGAUGCACCCGCACAUUACUGAACGUUAAUUUAAAAGAACAGUGCUGUCAUCGACAGUAAUUUGAAUACAGUCACGUUUUACGAGAAAAAUCACAUUUUCCCCCAAUUUUUUCCCGUUAAGUAGUAAGUUAUCUGCAUUUGAAUAGCGCAAAUGUUUACGGGGAUAAAUUGUCUACUAACGUAUUAAGUUGUUUUGGCAUCAUAUUGGUUAUCUUGUCCAAAAAGCUGCAAAAAGUUACCACCAAAGCCCUAGACUGCAAAACAGUCCGUAUUUUUGCGUAUUCAAGUACGCGCGAGCAGUCAAAUAAAAGGUCUGGAAUGAGGCUGAAAACAGAGAGCGAGACUGGGGAGAGACGCUAAAAAUACGGACUGUCCGUUUUGCAUACGUUAUAUUCGUUCGAAUUACCCGCUUCUCCCAGCCACGGGCAAUUCUCAUUGGCUAAAUUUCGAUGCAAGCUGUCACCAACCUGUCAAGUAAUGUUUUCAACAUGUCAUUCACGUUGUUCCAUACCGUGAUGAAUUGCUAAAGCUUUCGCUGUAAAAUGACAGAUGUUGAUCGCCUGGAUUUGCUCGCAAGAAUUGGGAUGUGUUUUAAAAUCGGAGCAGAGGGAAGCUUUGGAGUUGCUACUCAGGGGAAAGGAUGUUUUCUGUGUUCUACCAACAGGAUUUGACAAAAGCCUUAUUUAUCGAAUGUUUGUUCAUGCAAAGAGUUCUUCAAGUUCCGUGCAACGGCCGACCGUCACUGUUAUCUCACCUGGCUAAAAAAGCGAUCGGUAGGAAACACACGACUUUUACCUCAUGCAAACAUGCCGCUUGUUCCAAUGAAUUGUUUUCUCUGUCGAGUAGAUUAUGCUUUGGAGGAAAACGUUUUGACUGAGCAAAUGUGAAUUUUGGCCGCUUAUUAAAUAUAAUUCAUACUGAGAGGUCGUGACACGCAUAUUGGUUUUCUCUGGUAGGCAUGAUUUGCCCUCUGACGCAAGAGCGUUUUCUUUCUUGGCCCCUUUAGAAAUGUAAAGCUCUUCAUUGCGGCUGAUUAAGGGUUUUAGGUUGUUUUAUUUCUCCAAAGUGCCUCCUGGAUUUGAAUAAUUUUAAGCGAUUUUCUUUGUGUCCGUGAAUGUGACUUUUUCCUGCAAUGUUUUGUCACGCUGGGCCCAGCUCGUUAGCGUUUUUGGCAGGAUUUUAAAUUCUCACAGAUAGUAAUUUACAGAGCUAAAUCACCACGACGUGGUUUGGAAUGAGGGGAUUUACUCAUUCUUUUCAAGCGCAAUAGUUGUUCACUGUCAGUUGGCGUGUUCAGUUCUUCUCUAAUUUGCGAAAGCAUCGCCGUGCAGUUCCUCUGGGCAAUUUCUAACCGUUGUUCCGCACGGGGAGCAAACUGCUCUUGUGGAGAAAGAUUCUCCUUCCUCGAGGACAACGAAAAGUUCGUUUUUCAGUAGGUCGGCCCACUUUGGUAACGUUUCCCUUUUUCUGGUAGGCGCAACAAACGCAUUUUCCGAGCUUAUCCAUCCAUUCGUAAAAUUGCCGAACUUUGUUUUGAAACAACAGCCGCGCAUUCUACGAUUUGUCCAAAGCCCUCGGCUCUUUCGGCUUUCUCCCUCUUCGAGGAGCAGGCACAGGCUUUGUUGUCGUACUGCCACUUUCACUCAUUUUUGAUCCUCCACUAUAUAUACUACAUUUCGCUAUAUACACUACAUUUCACAGGGAAGCAACGCUAAAAACUGCUUUACUAUGAUUACUGGAUUACAGCGUCAAUAAUAACACGCGAGUCUAUCAAAUUCACAAAGAGGGUGGAGUUGCGAACAGAUUUUUGACAGCUCGACGACAUUUUUGAACCCCCUGGUCGGAACGAACACAUUGUAUGGAAAACGGACAGUCGGUUUUUUUUCUCUCGCCUCACACGCCCUACGGGCGUGUGAGGCUCGCGAGCUUCGCGCGCGUAAGAGUCUUACCCCACGCUUUACCGAUUUCUUUACUGAUUUUGAGAAAAAAACCGACUGUUUUGCAGUCUACCAAAGCCCUAAAAUAACGAACCCUGAAAGUAAGUAUCCCCAAAAUAUGCGACCGACCGUAUGGCUGCUGCUUGCGAAGUUAAGCGUAUCGAGGAUGGUCUAAUUAUUUUCAGUUUCGGAACUAUUACGCUAGAUGAGUGUCAAUACGACUGAGAACGACUGAAAUUUUAACUCUGAUCUGUUGUUUCAUGUCAAAUAAAAUCAAGGUUAAAAAAUAUUGCAUUCUCCCAGUUAAAUGUUUGAAAGUCUACAACGCCUAGCUGCUUCUAGUAUGUUAAGACAGUGAGACGCCUGCUUGCUAAUGAUGGGGACUUGUACUGCUGAGAACAUCUGGUACAAUGGGGAGGGGUGAUCUCUCUCACAGCCGUUAUUGUCUCGUCACUCAACGCUCCUUCCAAGGGAGGAUAUACCGUAUUUAUUCGAUUGAACGCCUAGACGUUUAUCAAAUUUUUAGCGUUUUCAAUGCGGCGUUUAUUCAAGAAUGGCGUUUAAUCAAGGGCGGUAAAUCGUUUGUAAAUAUUAUGUAAUUUAAAGGUUCCAAUGUCUCUCUUAUUUCGCUGAGAUAGAAAUCGUAAAUGUCUGGAUGGUGUAAAUUACCAAGUUGUAUAGCCUGUGUACAGACGCCCCCCCCCCCACCCCCCUCCCUCGGAAAAUAUCGGGAGAAGGGGGACGUCUGUACACAGGCUACAAGUUGUCCCGAGGUUUUUCUUAUUCUCAUUAGGUGGGCGGUUUAUUCGAGGACGGCGUUUAUUGGUAAUUUUACUUCCAUCAGCGGCGUUUGAUCGAGGGCGGCGUUAAAUCGAAUAAAUACGGUAAGGCCGGGAGGCGGCCGUUCUGGCAAAUGCUUCCAAUAGGAUAGUUCCGUUUUGGGUGGCAUAAAACGCCAUCCAAUUUACUGGGUACCGCACUGGCUGACUGGUCGUUUUGGUGUUUUUGCAGGUGAAACAUCCUCUGGAAAAAGCAGUUUGAUCAAUCUUAUUCUUGGAGAGGAGAUUCUACCGUGUUGUACUACCGUCACAACGUCCACCAUAUGUGAACUGAAGUAUGGAAAGCAACGUGAAAUUGUGGUGCACUAUAAAGACAAAGAUCCUGAAACAGGAGAGCCGACUAAAAACAUCCCACUUUACGAAUCUUAUGAACAAAGUAGUUAUCUUGAGCAGAUCUCGACUUAUGUUCACAAGAAAGGUUCAUCGUUUAAAAAGGUUGAACUUUUCUGGCCUCACGAUCUUUUACAGGUAAGAAAUAAUGGUAAUAGGAUUGGGUGGAGUCCAAUUCUGUCUGUAAUCACUCGAGUGAUUAACAAUAUCUACGCGAUCGUCCGAUUUGUUUCAUUGCGAAUACGAUUGCAGACCGAAUUGGAGGAUACGUACCCCGAGAGUAUUUUACCAGAAGUGAAAAAGAACAACAAUAACAACAAUCUAUCUCAAAAGAUAAAGUGUGCGCGCGAUGGCACGUACUGUCCUAUUACACCACACUUAUUACUGCUAAAACUCAAUCAAGGCAGUUGAUAGCUUCAUGAGGACUUCUUAGAAAUUUCUACAAUUGCUAAGAAUCUGUCAAAAUUUUCACUUUGAAGGAAUUUAUGGAUUUUUUUGGAAUGGAAUGCUCUGAAUUCUGAGCACGUUGUAAAAAAGCAGACUUACCAAGCAGACUUGCAGCGCAGCCAUAUUUUUAGUGGUUUCGAAUGCGGAGAGAUUGAAUGCGAUUUCUUGUCCACAAGUGCUUUUGCCCCACUAGGUCCUAUUUGCGUUUCCCCUCGUGCUCAAGAGAGAAUUUUAAAAUAAACUGGUCUAGGAUGUUCCAUACCCUCGUAUCCGGGAAAUGAUAUGUCUUUACUUAAUACCAACUUUAACUUUAACUUUAUUUAAUAAAAAUAUUGAUUAUAAUAGACUGGCCCGCAAAAUAGCAAUUGCUAAUCUAGGCGGACCAGUUAAAAGAAAAAUAAAGUGAAAGGAAAGGAAAGGAAGGAAAGUAUUUUAAGUUACAAUAAAUAAUAUUUCUAUCAUAGUUUUAUUUUGAUUACAUUAAAUCUACUAAGGAAGACGAAAAAGGAAUUGACGGAGUGCGAUAAAAAGAAAUACUUUGGUACAGAAAUCACUUAACUGUCAAUCGAAGUUUAAAUUUUUCAACUAUUAAUGACGUCUCAAUAUAGUCAUCUUCUCUUUUUAAGAUGUCGGAAAGCAAUCUGUGAAGCACUUUCGAAAAUUUCUUUUCAGAAAGAUCUCUAAUAUGAUAAGGUAUCUCAUUCCAAAGUUUUACACCAAAACGAGACAAGGAGUUUUUGUGUAUUUCCAGCUUUAAGCUUUUAACGUGAACGUUACCUGAAGUAGAUGAUCUUGUAUGGUAUGAAUGAAUUGUUGAGGUUUUUUCAAAUAAACUGAUUGAAGAGAUUUGUUGGCAAAUUGUUGCUGUUAAUAUCGUGCAUUAGACUAGCCACAGUUUUAUAAUACAUAAAUGACACUGGUAAUAUGUCAGCGUCGAUAAAUAGAGGAAUUCUAUGAUAACUUUUGUUACUGAAUUAUAGAAAGGAAUAGUGAUCGUUGACAGCCCUGGUGUUGGAGACGAAAUGGAUGAAAUGGUGAUUCAGUAUCUGCCUGAAGCCUUUGCGUUUAUAUAUGUCGCUAACAGUUCAAAUGCUGGUGGAGUUCAAAAGGACAGAGUGAGUGUUUAGAUUAGUGUGUGUUCGCUCGGUUUACACGGAAGCUGAGAGUAUUUACGGGGUAAUUAUUCUGGUGAAAAGAACUGACGGCCGAUUCCUAAGGAAUCCUAAGGAACACGUGGAUUAUGAAGCUUUAAAGAAAAUUGGACUUAGACUUGAUCUAAUUAAUCCAUUCGGGGGGGGAGGGGGUAGCCUUUUUGGUUUAAAAUCCAAUUUUGGAUGGUAGUAAAGAAACAUACAGUCGUUUUGGGAUUCAACGAUACACAUUUAGAUUUCUCUACAUAAGCAAACUCAGUCGGUACCACAUUUCCAUAAAAGAAGUCAAUAAAUUCACUUAUUGGGUGGGUGAUGGCUAAAUAAGAAAACGUGAACGGCCAAGGUUUUGCAUCAAUAUUUUUUCCGAGGGUUGUACUUCAAAAAAUAAAGAAAGAAACACUAUAUAGUAACUCGGAAUAGCUUCCAUUUGCUUGUCUGUUUUAGAAAGGCAUUUUUUAGGGGCCGCGUCAAGCAUGGACCACGCCCAGAUUGGCCUCCAUUUACAGUGUAAUUCCAAUUUUCCUUUGAACUUCUUCGCCCAUUUUAACGAAGCCCACUCAGGACAAAUUUUCGUGCCCCAAAUCGUGACUCUUGCCCUCUUGUUGUCACCGUUUGCUUCAUAACCAUAAUUAGUAAAGUCCAACUAGUGGUCUAUUAUCAAUGCUGCAUUCUGAUUGGUUUAGCUACUACUAGGCUAUAUGUUAUAGCCCACUAGCAGCGAAUAGUGCGGGCUUUUUGGCGGCAAAAAAGGAUUAAAGUCUAGCUUUAACUAGCUAAAAGUUUUUUAUUCUCGAUAUUGUUGACCAACUAGUUGGAUUUUGCUAAAAAAAUUAUUCCUCUCGCCCUCACGGCCUCUGAGUCAAUAGCCCAUUCGGCCUUGGGCCUCAUGGGCUAUUGACUCGGAGCCAUUCGGGCUCGAGGAAUAAUUGUUAACAAUGAGAACUUAAGUUAUCGUGCCAGUGUUUUUAAAGUUAAUUUUUUCUCGCAGCUUGUAAAACUGCUCCAAAGCGCAAGGGACUUCUUAAUUGAUGUGUCAGAAGAUUGUGGAUUAUCGCUUGCUAUACGGAAACAUCUGUUAUCCAAGUGUGCUUUGUUUGUGUGCAACAAAUGGGACACCGUCCCUCCGAAAGAUGUGCCAAUCGUUAAAAAAGAAGUUAUAGAGAAACUCCAAAGGGACUGGCCUGGUGUUGAUCCCGAUUCACAGAUCAUUUACAUGUCAACCACGCGAGCUAGUUAUGCUCAAAGCCUUGGUGUUAUCUCGGAAGACUUUUCCUCUUUAAUGGAGGGAUUGAGGUCAUUGGUCUUGCAGAGUAUCGAAGCAAAGCUGGAACUUCAUUGGGAGUAAGCGUUAUUGUGAAUGUUUUAAUUUUGUCGAUCGCCACUGUGAAACUUAUAGACUGGUGUUAAUAUAUUUCAUUGGCGAGUAAGAGUAGUCGCCCAGCGAUAAGUUUUUUUCUAGUCACGCAACGCUCCUCCCCAGUGCAAUAGUAAUGUAUUAAGAGAAUAGCCAGAACCAGUCUAUCUAGAAUACCCAUCACACAAAGUCACCUCGUCCCUUCGCUCUUAAUAUGGGUAAAUCCAUGGGAAAGAGGUUGCAAACAAAAUGAAACAAACGUUUUACGGUUAACGGCAAACGGCAGACUCAAGUUGGGAAAUUCUCAAAAUAGAAAAUGAGCGGAUAAAAACAGUCUAAAACAAUUAUCAUGGACGAAAAUAACGUGAAACUAGUUAUUUUUGGUGUAAGUAAAGAACAACUUUAAGGUCAUUCUUGAAGACAAGAAAAGGGUCACGUAGCACAAAUUCACGUUUGCCGUUAACAUGACUCUAAGUCUCUCUAAUAUCAUAGGCGUACGGGCCGGGGGGACGAGGGGGGCUACUGAGCCCCCCCAAAUUUUGGGCAACUCAGAUUUCUUGGGCAGCGAGAGAAAAUUUGCGCAAAGCCAGUUUUUAAAGACGUCUCCAUGUUUAUUUAUUAUUUUAAAGACCUGAAUAUUAACCUGAAGUCGGCGUAAUAAUCCAGUUACAUUACAUUGGUUGCCUAGCAUGUGAUGAGUAAUUUACAUAUUUGCAGUUUUUUUUUUGUUGGGCACUAUACUGCACUACACUAGCUGGAAUGGGCUAUUUCCAGUCGUGAAUUGAUUAAAAUAAACUUUCGCAUAACUUCCUAGAAUCAUCUCUACUCGAAGAACAGUGUAUGGUAGAUAGCAUUUAGCAAUGGGUAUAGCCUGCAUAGCAAGCGUUUCCGCGCGAGUUCGACUGGAAACGCUUGCUACGCAGGCUACAAUGGGUAUGAAAAUGAAGAAAUGGCUGACUAAUUCCCAGUUUGAAUUACGAGAAGAAUCUUAAUUCUUUUAAAAACUCUAUCGAGCGGUUUAAAAUUAUUCGCUAAUUUGUUAAAGUAGACCGAAAUGUUUACAAAACCGCUAACAAGAGUGUCUCGAUACAUACUAAUCAAAUCCUUCUUUCGAUUCUAGCAAUCAAGCAGAGCUAUCUCCACGAUCUUUCACACGUUUUUAAAAAGAUUAAAACUACUAUGAGGUGAAAUUGCAGGUCAAAAGCGCUUCUUUUUCUACAGAUAACGGCCAAAAAUCAAGAUUUUCCUUUUCUUACCGUAUUUCUAAUAAUAAAAACUUCAUUCCAAAAUAUCUCGAUAACGCUCUUAAGGUUUUGCUUAAACUUCACGAACAUCGAGGCGACCGUAUUGGAGAAAAAAGCUCCUGUGAACGAUUUUCUAAGGUUACCGAGAAUCCGAGAAUCAUUGCUGAAGUAAAAUAGGUAAUGGGGUCAUUUCAUUGCUAUGACAACUUCCAUGUCAACGACAAAGUUUCAUCUUAACACAACUGUGGUAGCAAUUUUUCCAAAUGUUUGUUUAUGGCGACGUAGUUUAUGCUCAGACUUGGUAUUGACCCUGAAAAACUGUAUCGAGCCACCUUCAUAUGCCAGGACGGCCUAUGUUGUCGCAAUAUGGCCCUCAUUUCUCUUCGACUCUUUUGUAAAAAUUUGGGCAACUUGAGAGAUGUUUUUGGGCAAAUGGUUUACCGCCCCCCCCCUGGCAAAAAAUUUCCCGUACGCCUAUGUCUAAUAUCAACAGAAGACUGGAUUACGAAUUGAAAUAUUUAUUUGUUUUUAGAUGGCUCUACAAACUUCUUUCAAGGAUUUUCAUUCAAGCAAAAGUGUUUGUGAAAAACGCUUUCAAGAGCCCCAAAAAAAUCGAGGAGAGACUGGCCAAAACUUUGAACGGCUUAGUCGCAAUUGAAAAGGAUCAAUGUAAAGUCAUGAAAGACCUCCACAAACUUUUCGAAGAACAAGUUGACAUUGUUGUGCAUCAACUCUCACACCAUCUCUUGUCAGAUGACAUAAAGAAAUGCUUUACAGAAUGGUUCAAUGAACACGCUCCAGAUAAGGAUGCGCCCUGGAAGGAAGUUGAAGAGCAUGUAAACGCCGCUUUUUCCAGACGUUUUCUAGUAAUUGUAGAUCAGUGGGAAGAGGAAAACAAAGUGUUUUCAAACACUAGUAUUUUCCUCAUGGAGCAGUUUCAAAAUCACGUUAAUAAUGUCGCAUUCAAAUUACAGAAUGUUCAAAGGGAAGCCGCAGAUGAUCACUCCAGCAAUCCAAACAAGGUACCUUUUAGAAUUAAAGUUUCAUUUUGGCAGAAAGCCAUUUGGAACAUAAAGAAUCUUACUCUUGGCGUCGUACGCCGGAUUAUUCGCCUAUGGAUGGAGGCACCGAUCGAUGAAAGCAUGAAAAGUGAUAUUCAGGCUUCAGACGUAAAACUCUUGUACACAGAUUUAUUAGAAGAGGUGUCUAAAGGCAUCUUCACUGAAAGAAUCAAAAAGAAGCUUAAACCGUUUGUGGAAGGCAAAUUAAAGGAUGCUAAGCUCUAUCUUGAUAGAAUUGAAGCUCGCCUACAAGAGCUGAUCGAGGCGGACAGGCGACUUUAUAAGCAACUCAGUAAACGACCGGCUUGCUAUAAGCCUGUGUUCGAUGAGGUAACACAGCACAGGGAUCAACUGGCAAAAUUUGGCUUAAGCGAAGUUUGUGCUGUAAAAAUCGAUCGCGAGGAAUUGGAGUGGAAAGAAGAAGGGUCUUCCUGCCUUGGCCGUGGUGCAUCUAGUGCCGUUUACCAGGGAACGAUGAAAAGAGAUGGAGAGGUAAAAAAUGUGGCCUUAAAAGUGUGGAAUGAGGCGCGAGAUGCCGCAAAUGCAAAAGACAUCAUGGAGGAGAUAACAAAUUUGAGGUAAUGAUUGUACACUCACUAGUCCGAAACAGCUAUGCAUCAGUCAAUUCCGCCUGCGCCCAGCCCCAGCCCUUCCCUCCCCCCGGGCUACUGCGGGGCAUUUGUCUGCCUUGUCAGUACCGGGGGUGGGGCAUUUGCAAAUGUUGCACUGCCCGGGGGCCGGGCAUUUGCCAACCCCGGGGCCAUUCCCGAGCUUUUGACAUGCACGCGGUUUCCUAUCAGAAUAUAACUACACAGAAGGUUUUGCUGGAAAAAAAGCGGAUUGGCUCAUCUGUCAAGGACGGGAAUAAAUUGAAGAGGGUUGUAAAGCUAUGUUCUCGAUUUUGUGCAUGCAUUUCUUCAUUGCUUAUCGAGGCAGAAUUACGUAGCGAAAUUGGAGCUAUCGAUGUGAAUCAACGUUUUUUUGUUAUUGAAUCAAAUUUCUGUUGAUGUUAUUUGAAGAACAUCCUUUCAUAUUUAUAAAACUAUUCAUAACAUAUAACUUUACAGCGCUCUAUUAAUUUUAAUGUGAAUAAUUUUAUAUCAAUACUAAAACCAUAAACCGGUGCUUGUCGUCGCGGCGUGUCUUAAUUAGAAUCCUAGCGCUAUUACAAAGGAAGACAUUAAUUGAAACAAAAAAAUCGCACAUUUGACAGGUCAAGAGUCCCCACCCCAGGGAAGUUGCCAUCCAAGGCAAAAAAAAAAUGCUAAUGCCUGGGGGUCAGCCCCGGGGGGCGGGGGAGGGCUGGGCGCAGGUAGAAUUGACUGAUGCAUUAUACCUCUACAUAUAGACCUUUUUUCUACACAUUUGUGUUAGUACAGUACUGUUCCUUGGCAGUAUCAUAAUAUGGUCAGUUUCCUUGCACAUUUUCAGCGAAAACAGUUGAACUCUAUCCUACGAGUGUUACAUACUUUUGUGUAGUUUUGCUACCAGUUGGAGCGCCACUUAAGUAAUUCGGCUCUUUUUUCAAUUCAUCUAUAGCAGCUGUCGGUAACCUCUCUCUUCAUAUACUUGAGUUCCGCAUUUUUGACGAAACAGCUGGGCUGCCACGCCACUGUCUUACGUGACGUCAGUCGUGGAUAAUUGUUGCUGAUAUUCCAUCAGUUAUGAUUGACGUCAAUGAUAAAAUACAGUGGAAAAUCGAUAUAAUUAAAGGCCAAAGACGUGCUAAUAAUAAUAAUAAUAAUUAUUAAUAAUAAAAUAAUAAUAAUAGUUAAUUAAUUAAUUAAUUAAUUAUUAAUAAUUUAUCUUCGUCUUUUCUGUUAAUUAGAGUGCUAAACCACCCUCACAUUGUAAAGUUUUAUGGCAUAUUACUUGACGAAGAAACUUCGCAAACGGCUUUGGUCAUGGAAAAGUGUAAAGGAAACUUAAAGAGCCACAUCUUCAGAGGCCCAGAGUCAGUUCCUGGCAAAUCUGAAAACCCUACUGCCUUCAGAGACGUUUGCCGUUGUGCAAAAGAGAUCACCGAUGGUUUGGCUUUCAUGCAUGAGAUGGGAGUUGUACACAGGGACCUCAAGUUGGAAAACAUUUUGGUACUAAUCGUAUAAGAAUGCAUGCAUUUUUUCAAGAUUGUAUUGUAGACUGAAGUUUUUUGGCACUCGCAAACCGAGUGGAAAUAGAGGACCCUUAGUCAGUGCUAUACAUUAUGCCUAUCGGACCUCUCAGGGCACCCAGUGUGGUAGGAAUCUUGAAACGAAAUGCAUAGAUUGCUUCGCCUAUGAACAAAGAAUACUUCAAGUUUAAGUGCACUCUUACUUACAAUGCAAAUUUUAAAGAAUAUUUCAGUGCCAUUAAGAUAUUGAAAGUAUUUGAUUUAGACUCGACUUACUUGAGAGCAGGCCGAAUUUUGGUAAUUCCGGAUAUUGCCUCUCUAAGGCAGGAUCAGAACUACUAGCUCCUACAAGUCAACAGUUACCGGCACCUUUCAAACGACUUAUUGACGGACUCAAGCAAAACUGACCACUAGAAAAUGACUGGACAAUCGACAAUUGACUAACAAUGAACGAUUUUUAACUUUGUGACAGAAAACGGAUCGAAACGCACCAAUGACAUUACGAGUCUUCAUAGCCAAUAAUAUCACAGCUUAACUGACAGACGACCAAUAACAUCUCGAAUUAAUUGACCAAUCAGGUCAAUACCCAGAAUUUAAUACCAUCAAUUGACGUGAUACAACUCACUUUGACCCUGAAGAUGACUACCGCACAGGUUGUCGAAACGUCAGUCACUGUCAACAACAACAGUCCUAUUCAGGACUACGUUCACUCGGACGAUCAUGCUCCACCUACAAAUUAUGGACUCUCUCUCUUGCUCGAGUGAAUUUCAAUCAUUUCUAACUUGUAAAAUAAAGCCUGAUUUCAGGAGUGAACCCAAAAUUAUACUGCUGUCAGUCAUAAUUUGUAAGUACUUCACGUCGCGAUUUUAAUGAGCGGCCUGCUGCCGUGAAAAGUCAGUGCUGUCGGUUCACCAUUAUUGUUACUGAGAACCUGUUUACGCGAGUCCAGACAAAUUUUUGAACGGACUGUAACUUUCACGGAUCCGCCUUUCGUUUAAAUGAGACCCGCGGAACCGUGCAGUUCAGUUCUGAAGAGCAAACCGUACUGCAAUCUGCAACGCAGAAUUUGCACGGUUCCGUGUUAACGGGUUGCACAGGUGAAAAUUCGUCCGUUAAAAAUUUUGUCCGGACGCGUGUAAACUGCGUCUGAGAGAAAUAAAAAAACACGUAUAGUUACUGCGCUCUUCUAAAAGUUUAUAUUCCUUGUCCCAUUAAAGCUGACUGACGAAAACACAGUGAAGAUUGCUGACGUGGGCCUGGCUAAAGCAGAAAUAGACAUCACCGGUACCUAUACGGGAACACCUGUUUAUAUGGCACCGGAAGUGUUCCAUUCCCAAGUGUACGACAGCAAGGCAGACAUCUACAGCCUGGGGCUGAUAAUGUGGGAGAUGUGGUACGGACAGCGGGCCUUUGCUGACGCUCCAGGGACAACACUGCAAGCUUUGUUUGAUUGGAUCGAUAGAGGUAGCCGUCCAGUUGACAGGCAGGGCUGCAAGGAGCCUCCAUCCUUCUGGUGCGAGCUGAUGACAGAAUGUUGGGACAGUACUCCAGAGAAACGCCCCACAGCCAGAGAAUGUAACCAAAGAAUAGUCGUGAUAAACUAACAUUUUUCAGAGCUUUGUGACAAAAUUCAAGAAGCGUCCAAAGAAGGAUUCAAAAAUUCGUAAGAGGCCAGGUCUCUCUACUGUCAAUCUCAGAAAAGGCAGGCACUCAAACACCCAUAGAAAUUCGAUAAAAAUAAUGCAUGUAAUCGACCCUAAGAACAAGGUAACUCAUAUUCAGAAAAAUAGAUAGUUGUAGUUAGCAAUUUAUCUACUAUUACUAGCUGCUCUUGUACAGUGUAACUUCAUGGUAAGCAACAAGAGCGUAAUUUAUUCUCGCUUGUUAUCAAAUCUCGAAUUGUUUUAACAAUUACACUUUUUGUUAACAGUACUUUCAGGAAUGCAAUAGAUAAUAAUAAUAAUAAUAAUAACUUUAUUUCUAUAGCGCUCUUAUCCUAUGUUCAAGGCGCUUUACAGUCAUGUAAACAACAUUAUUGAAAAAUAUUUAGAAAUUUACAACCAUAUCCUAAUAUAUUUACAAUGGAUAAAAAAGGAAAAAAUUAAAACUAAAACAACUAUUAAACCAUAUUCAUAAUGAUAAAAAAGGGAAAAAUUAAAACUAACGCAAUAUAUACAAAUCUAUAAAAACAAUGAUCCGUUAUCACUGAAUUUAGUAAACAAGUACGUCUUAAGUGAUCUUUUAAAACUCGAGAUGGUGUAGGACUUCCGAAUUUCAUAGGGUAUUAAGUUCCAUUCUCUUGGUGCGUGAACAGCGAAUGCUCUAUCUCCGUAGGUCUUGGUAUACGAU